AUCUGCUGUGUGAUCCCUCUAAAAAAACCAGCCCACAAGUCAGAGGCACGUUACAUGCGCGGCUACACUCAGCCCCCUUCCUUUCGGCUUUGCCCCCUCUCGUCUCCGCAAUGUAUCCAUGAAGAAAAACCGUAAAGUGUUAAAUGUUUGAAAUUCAAAGCCGCCGAAUUUCACUUGCUGAAAAAGGACUGUGCUGCUCGCGUGCGCGGCGCUGGUGUGUCAGUGCGUCAGACUCCGCAAAGAAAAGCUACUUACUUAGCGUUGGGAGUCCAUCGCUACAGAGGGACUUACUACACCUUUUUUGUUUUCAGUCCUAAGACAAACGCUUAAACAUUUUUCAAACUGGCUCACGUCCUCCCCAACCAGCCCAGUGUGACAGCUGCUCUUCAGCCCGCUUGGAGGACUGUCAGCAGCACCAAGAGGAUGGCAUCAGAGCUGGCAAUGAGCAACUCCGACCUGCCCACCAGUCCCCUGGCCAUGGAAUAUGUUAAUGACUUCGAUCUGAUGAAGUUUGAAGUGAAAAAGGAGCCGGUGGAGCCCGAUCGCAACAUCAGCCAGUGCAGUCGCCUUAUCGCCGGGGGAUCCUUGUCUUCCACCCCGAUGAGCACGCCUUGCAGCUCGGUGCCCCCUUCCCCAAGCUUCUCGGCGCCCAGUCCGGGCUCGGGGAGCGAACAGAAGGCACACUUGGAGGAUUUCUACUGGAUGUCCGGUUAUCAACAACAGUUAAAUCCAGAGGCGUUGGGCUUCAGCCCCGAAGACGCAGUCGAGGCGCUGAUCAACAGCACUCACCAGCUCCAGUCGUUCGAUGGCUAUACCAGAGGGCAGCAGUUUGCUGGCGCAGCCGGACCUGGGGGCACCAUGGCCGGGGAAGAGAUGGGCUCUGCCGCGGCGGUGGUGUCAGCAGUUAUCGCUGCCGCUGCAGCCCAGAACGGGGGUCCGCACCACCACCAUCACCACCACCACAGCAACGGUCACCACCAGGCGCCCGGCGUCCAGUCCAACAACUCGGGCUUAAAUCACCCACAUUCGCAUUUGGAUGAUCGGUUUUCAGACGACCAGCUGGUCACCAUGUCAGUACGGGAGCUCAACCGGCAGCUACGGGGGGUCAGCAAGGAAGAAGUGAUCCGAUUGAAACAGAAGAGGAGGACCCUAAAGAACAGGGGCUAUGCCCAGUCGUGUCGAUACAAGCGGGUCCAGCAGCGGCACGUCCUGGAGGGGGAGAAAACGCAACUCAUCCAGCAAGUGGACCACCUAAAGCAGGAGAUCUCCAGGCUGGUCCGGGAGAGGGACGCGUACAAAGACAAGUAUGAGAAGCUGAUCAGCAACGGCUUCAGAGAAAACGGGUCGAGCAGCGACAACAACCCCUCAUCCCCGGAGUUUUUCAUGUCCUCCAGAAAAUUCCUCCAUCUGUGAUGUCAAUCCCCAUUCAUCCAUGCCGAUGGCUUUUAAAGAUAACCUGAUGACUGAUCGUGGAUGACCUAAAAGGGGCCGACCGACUGCACGAGGACGCCCAAAAAGCACAACAGCUAAAAAUGACUACUUCACAGAGGAAACAAAAGAUCAGAUCUGCUGAGAAUCCGCCCCUCCAACCCCCUACCUCUGACCCUGCCCGCACCCGCCCAGAAGCCCUAUGAAGCAACUCUGGAAGUCUCGCGCCGAUCCACAUGACCUUCCUGAUAUUUUACCUCCAGCUUUUUUGCUACAAAAUGAAAAAGAAAAUGAAGAAGAAAAAAUAUGAGAAAAAUAAAACUAAGACAUACACCUCCGA